AUUAGCCUUCAAGGUCUUAUAUAACCGCCCUGAAAGAAAUCGUGAAAUUAAUUUCAAUGAUGAGUUUUUCAUCCAGGUUGUGUUGUUUGCGAAACCUUACUGGUUUCAGUGAAGUUUUUGUACCAGUAUCCAAAGUCUCAGUAGGACUUUUACGACCAUCGUCAGUCGUACGUACAACUAAAGCAGCUAAAGGUAGUACGAGUGAAAACGUUCGUAGGCAAGCUGAAAAGGAAAUGCAGUCGUUUUGGGACAGAAAUGCUACUGAAAGGCGGCCCUGGUCUCCCCACCUUCAGGUUUACUCGGCACCUUUGGUAAUGAGAUUCUCUUUUCUACAUCGAGCGACGGGAAUUGCGAUGGCUAUAGUGUGGUCAUCUGUAGGAAUUGGUGCUUUCUUUUUCACUGGACAUUAUGACUCUAUACUUGAUUAUGUAAAAAACAUGCAUUUGGGUUCUUCCGUCAUAGCCGCAUGCAAGUUUAUUCUAUGUUACCCGUUGGUUUACCACUAUUUGAACGGGAUUAGACAUUUGGCUUGGGACUACGCUAUUGGUUUUCCUAUCAAAACAUGUAAUACAACAGGAUUUAUCGCUCUAGGAUCAUCUUUAGUUAUUUCUGCUAUCUUAGCUUGCAUCCGAUUAUGACAUUGUCCUGUACGGUGUUCGGGUUCAUCCUGUUAUUUUCUCUGCUUCCUAUUGAUUAUAUGUUGCCGAAACAUAAUUUAUCGUUCGUAAAUAUUAAUUUUAGUACUUAUAUUUGUAUUUUUUUCUACAAAUACAUUAACAGUUGCGUUACUUCAUGACGAAAGAUGUCUUCAUUCACUCUAGCAUUUACACUACUUGGUUUCGGUGUGUCCGAUUAUUGUAACAAAUAGUUGAUGUUGUAUGACAUGGCUCAGGAUUGGUCUCAAUGGCUCAGAUACAUUUACAUUAUCUUAUGCUUUUUAUCCAUCGAAUUCUUUCCUUUUCAAGUGAUAUUCUUUAUCUUUUCAAAUAAAUUGAGCAUCAUGUAAAAUGUUAGUCGUAAAAUAAUCAUGUAUUCGUGAC